CUUCUUCAAAUGUGCCGCUCAAACGACAUCAAAAACUCGCGACAAACGGUUGGGGUGGUUGGACACCGAUACAACUUUAUAAAUAAUUACACGUAAGAAAAUUUUAAAUCAAAACGUGCAAAGUGAAAAAAAUAUUUUAGUGGUUAUAUCUGCUUUCCCAGUUGAAGAUAUUUAGACGACAAUUCAUUGUUCGUGUUUUAGCAUAAACAGUCAUGGGUGAGUUGGGCACGAAGCUUGGUUUUGACGAGUUGGCGGGAGGAGCAGCGGGCAUCAGCAGGGCGCUAUUAGCCGAGUUCAUAGGUAACCUGAUCCUCAACCUGUUCGGCUGCGGGGCCUGCGUGAACAUCGCGCAGUCGAACGCUGCGACAGACAUCGUGCUCAUCGCUCUCGCCUUUGGUCUGGCCGUCUUCGCCAUCGUCUCAGCGAUAGGCCAUGUCUCGGGAGGACACGUAAACCCGGCGGUAACAGCGGGCCUGGCGUCAGCGGGCCGCGUGAAACCGGCGCGUGCGGUGCUGUACGUGAUCGCGCAGUGCGCGGGCGCUGCCGCUGGCUCCGGCCUGCUGAAGGCGCUCACGCCGGAGCGCGCCGCGGGCAAGCUCGGAGUCACCGCCCUUGGCAACGACGUUACUCCGCUUCAGGGCUUCGGCAUCGAGUUCUUCCUAGGUUUCAUACUAGUCUUCGUUGUAUGUGGAGUGUGUGAUCCGAACAAACCGGACGGCAAGCCGACAGCGCCCCUGGCGAUCGGCCUCACCGUGACGCUGGGCCACCUGCUUGCCGUCGACUACACGGGCUCCGCCAUGAACCCCGCGCGCUCUUUCGGCUCCGCGCUCGUCGCCAACGACUGGGCCAACCACUGGGUGUAUUGGGCCGGACCUGUCGCGGGAGGCGUCGCGGCCGCUCUGCUCUACGUACACGGCUUCUCUGCGCCGCCCGUGGACUCCGCGCCGCCGCGGUACCGCCCCGUCGCUGCUGAUGAAAAGGAGCUGAAGCGGCUGGAUGGCGGCAAGGCGGAGGAGCUUGCCUGAAGCCGCGAGUCGCUCGCGCGGCCCCGCCCGCGGCGUCGGCGUCACCGUCCCCAGCGAAACAAAACCCUACUACCGUCAGCAAUAUUGAAGCCAAUGCUCUACCCGCAGACAUAUAGCUGACUAGACAAGCACACGCAAGCACGUACUACGCGUGCCAAAUAAUGUUAUAUACGGCACCUUGCACAGAUUCGGAAUAAAUUGAACUCUUGUUCUAACCGUUUAAGACGUUGAUAAAGAAUAGAUUCUUCUGUGUGUGCUCUCGAAUUAGUCUCUAGAUUCGAAUUAUAAUUUUAAUACAGAACAAUCAAUAAAAUACAUAAAACUGUAAAUAGUUGCACACGUCCGAUUCGUUAAGUUUUCAUAUAAAUCUGGAUACGUGCGAUCGUCUAUUUAGAUAUAUGUCUGUGUACUUUGAUUUACACCGUUCGUUAUAACACUGUCUUUAGCAUUUUUUCAUGUUCACAUAAACAUAUUUCUAUUGAAUUAAUUUUAUCUUUACAAUCUGCAUUUGUAUUCUCUAGCCACCAAUACGAUUUUUCAGAAAAAAUAUUCAAAAUUGGUAGAAUGGAAUAGAAGACCUUUUUGGGGGGCUAGAGGGUAGGUGUGUGUGUCUUCCAAGUCACCUCAUAACUCUAGUUACGCUCUAUAUCUGCGGAGCUCUAUCUUGCACUUAUAUACUCGUACCUACAUUUACGAUUAGGUGCAAACUUUCCAUGAAUCGAUUUAGUUAAAUCAGCACUGGAUUACACAAUUUAUUAACAGUAGGAACAACGAAACAAUACGUAUUAAGUUAUCUUUUUGUAUGUUAAAGUGAUUAUGGAAUAUUAAAAUGUAAUAUCUUAAUGCUACUACCUCUAUUAGCACUAACUAAUAAUGAAACAAUUUCCCAGUGCAGAGAAUAUAUAUUAUAAUUAUAGUCCUGGUAGAGGCCGUAGUGAAUAUAAUUAACCAUAUAUUUUACGUAAUCAACUUUUUACCGAGUAUGGGAAUCUUCUGAUACAGUAUGAAGAAUGAAGUGAAUAGAAAGUUUCCUUCAAUUUGAAUAGUACAUUACGAUACAGGUGCGAAAAUGAGGAAAUUGGCAACGAGUGGCGAUAAAUUAAAACCCGACCGAAGGAAGUGUUUUAAGUCUACACGAGUUGUGAAUUGCCUAUUCACACAUGUGUCGUAUCGUACGUUUUACAGUACAUAUGACCCUUUAAAUUUUCAACAUAGUUAUGUAAUGUGCUAAUUAUCGCACGAGUACGGUAAAGCACCAUGUGUACUGUAAAAUAAUAUAAAUGCACGUGUAGUUAGUAAGUUAUCAUCUAUUAUUAUAUAAUAUUAAAUUUCUUCUGUGUAUGUAUCGAAAUUGCAUAACAUUACCGUACGAUAAGUGUAUAUAAGUAUUGAAGAGAUGGUUUUUGCUUUGUGAAAUAUUUGAAGUAAGCUUAUCAAUAUAAUAUUCGAGAUUACUCACUGUCGCCUGUACUUAUUGUACCAACUCUGCAUGUGUUCAGGUUGCGGGAUAUUCAUCUCAGAGUCUUUUGACCGCCGCGUCUAUUUUAUAUAACACACAAUUGUAAACUUUAUUAGAAUGAAUUAAGGUUAGUUUUAUACUGUAACCAUUGUCGGUUAAAGCCAGCUGUGGCGGUCAAAAGGUAGGGUCGCCUCACUAGAAUUUCCGUGAAAUUCCUUCCCGCCUAGUGAAGUUUUACCCGUCAAUUUAUACGUGUGUAUCAGUUUAACGAUGUCUUAGCAAAUAAUUUUGAAUAAAAUAACUAUAUUUUACCGA